AAAUGGUCUGGAGUAAGAUGUCCAGUUGGAUUUAUAUGACAUCCCUGCUCUUCUCUCUCGUGUCAGGACAUCUUCAAGGAAAGAUUUUGCAGCUGGAUUCUGUUGUGACUGCUAAAGAGGGUGAUGAUGUGACCUUAUCAUGUCUUCAUCCCACAGACCAAAUAAACAAGGUGCUGUGGUACCAACAACCAAUAGGACAGAAACCUCUUCUGGUCGCCUCUUCAUAUUAUCAUUCUCUACCUUUUGAAUUUUAUAAUGACUUUGACAAGACAAAACGCUUUGAUUUAUCAAGAAGGUCUGGCAGCUCAAACCUCACUAUCACAAAGGUUGAACCAUCUGAUUCAGCAGUGUACUAUUGCGCUGGGUCUUUCUCAAACACGGUCACCUUUGGCGCUGGCACAGUUUUGGUGCUUAAAGGCCAAGAUUACAAGAAAUAUACUGUUCUGCAGCCCACGGUACCGCAGAAACUUCAUCCAGAAGACUCUGUGACUCUGCAGUGUUCAGUGCUCACCGAGAGGUGCUCAGGAGAUCACAGUGUGUACUGGUUCAGACAUGGAUCAGGAGAAUCUCAUCCAGGAAUCAUUUACACUCAUGGAAACAGGAGUGAUGAGUGUAAGAAAAGCUCUGAGACUGAUUCUCCUACACAGAGCUGCGUCUACAAACUCCCCAAGAGAAACCUCAGCCUCUCUGAUGCUGGAACUUACUACUGUGCUGUGGCUGCAUGUGGACAGAUACUGUUUGGGAAAGGAGCUGAACUCAAAGUUGAUCGACCUGGUGGAGAAAGCAUGCAUGUUACCAUCAUGAUUUGCCUGGCAGUGCUGUUGUUUAUAAGCUUGACCAUCAAUGUUUCUUUAUGUUUAACAUGCAGAAAAAAGGAAAUUCCAUCACAGCAAGUCAUGACGUCUGACGACGCCAUGUCAACAGUACAGUACAACCUAAAUUAUGAGAUGAACUACACUGCUUUAAAAUUCAACACCAAAAGCACUAAAGUGAAGAGAGAGAGACAGCAGGAAGAGACAGUGUACUCCAGAGUAACAGGUCAAAACCAGAUAUGAAACACGGUCAUAAAUGAUAUGUUCUGCUGUUAUUUGUCAGACAUUUGAACACAGCAUAAUUUGUCACAUGAAAACACACAUGCACAUCUUCUAAGCUGCUUCUCCUUCUGGG